UGGAAUCAGAAAGGUGCAUUAUUUAAGACAGAGAAACCAUGUCCGACAAAGAUGGUGAAUAGAUUAUCAGAGCCAUUGAAAGAAUGGGAGCUGGAAUUGAAGCAGAUGAUCAGAUUGGUGAAGAAUAUAAAGAAGUGUAGGGGGGAGAAAGAAGUGUAGAUAGAAUUCCAGAGGCAGAUCUGAUCGAUGGAAAAGAUUAGUGUCUCAGUGAUUUUGGGAGCUCUUCUGGUGUUGCUGGUGCAUCUCUAUAACCUUCUGAUAUUGAAGCCCAAAGUUCUAAGAGGAAAGCUUCAAAGACAAGGGAUAAGAGGACCCUCUCCGUCUUUCCUCUUUGGGAAUAUCCCCGAAAUGAAGAGAAGUCAUCUGCGAGUUCAUUCAACAGUACCAACAACUGCGGCGGAGGACAGCCUUGUCGCCAUUGCUCACGACUGGCCUUCCACCGUCUUUCCACAUUUAGUCCAGUGGAGAAAUGAAUAUGGGCCAAUUUUCUUACAUUCAAUGGGAAGCAUACAACUACUAUAUAUAACAGAUACAGAGAUGGUGAAGGAAAUCAGUCUGUGCACUUCUUUGAGCCUAGGUAAGCCUUCUUUUCUAUCCAAAGAUCGUGGGCCGCUGCUGGGCCGGGGCAUUCUUUCGUCAAGUGGCCCAAUUUGGGCCCACCAAAGGAAGACUAUAGCUCCUGAAUUAUACAUCGAUAAGGUUAAGGGCAUGGUGAACCUGAUGCUGGACUCAACAACCUCAAUGCUAAGAACUUGGGAGAGUAGAGUUGAAAAUGAGGGAGGAGUAUCGGACAUUAAAAUCGAUGAGGAUUUGAGAAGCUUAUCUGCCGACAUUUUAUCAAGAGCCUGUUUUGGAAGUGACUAUACCCAAGGGGAAGAAAUAUUCUUAAAACUCGAAACCCUUCAAAAAAUCAUGUCCAGCUCAAAUAUGGGAGUUCCCGGCUUUAGAUUCUUGCCGAGCAAACAUAAUAGAGCUAUAUGGAAAGUAGAAAAAGAAAUCAACUCAAUGAUAUUAAAGGUGGUAAAACAGCGCAUUGAAGCAUCCAGUACUGAUGAGAAGGAUCUUCUACAAAUGAUUCUUGAGGGUGCCAAAAGUCAUAUUAAUGACACUGAUGGGCUAUCAAUAAAAUUUUCUCGGGACAAGUUCAUGGUGGAUAAUUGCAAAACCAUCUACUUUGCCGGCCAAGAGACCACUUCCAUCACGACAUCAUGGUGCUUGAUGCUGCUGGCUGCACAUCCCGACUGGCAAGCUCGUGCUCGUGCCGAGGUGCUUCAAAUAUGCGAGGAUAGGGUGCCGGAUGCCAACAUGCUCCGAAACAUGAAAACGUUGACAAUGGUGAUCCAUGAAACGCUGCGUCUUUUUCCACCUGCAGCUUUUGUAGUAAGAGCGGCUUCGGAAGAUAUCACAUUCAAAGACAUUAUGAUCCCGAAAGGUAUAAACUUACAGAUUCCGAUAGCGAUGUUACAUCGACAAUAUGAUAUGUGGGGGCCUGAUGCACACAAAUUCAAUCCUGAAAGAUUUGCCCGUCGGAUUACUGGGGCUUGCAAGACUCCACAGGCUUAUAUGCCAUUCGGAGUAGGGUCUCGCGUCUGUGUUGGCCAACACUUUGCCAUGACAGAACUGAAGGUGAUUUUGUCACUCAUUCUGUCCAAGUUUUGCUUUUCGCUGUCGCCUGCAUACCACCAUUCCCCUACAAUGAGGUUGGUUAUUUUACCUAAACAUGGAGUUAUCAUCCGUCUGAGGAAACUUUGACAUUUCAUUGCUUUAAUUGGAAAGAAGAAAGAUUUGAGUGAGACUGCAGACUAUUUGUACGUACCAUCUUUAUGUAUUAAAAGAAAAGAAUGUAAGGGGAUCUUAGAUGCAUGAAUAAUGCUAGAUAUCUAGUAUCUAGUUUUUCUUGUGAUUUGAAUUUAGUCGUUGAGUUUUUAAUUUCAA